AGGUUUCAGUCAGUCUAUCCAGCGAGAUCAGUUAACUCCUAGGCCAAUUAACUCCUACUAGGCUUUUAUUCCUAACUUGGCCAAAUUUCCCUAUUACUACUCGACCAGGCGGGAGUCUGGUAGAGACUACAUGUCAACAGCGCUGGCUACAACUGGGUCAUACUUGAUUUAUAUUUGUCAUUUCACUAGGACUACAUAGUGACGCGAGACCUGGAUAGCAUGUACAUGUAUUGUACCAAACCCAUGUAUUCAGAGGUUAGGGUAAAAGUUAACCUGCGCCCAUCUUGAAUGUGUAAACACCAGUAAAGUACGAAAGUAAGAAACAAGACUAGGAGAACCAAAAUACUGUUACUGUUAAAAAAUACGGAUGGACUAUUAUUCAGAGUCUCAGGAGAUCAAGUGACCACACAAGUUUAUCAAACAAGGUUUAUCUCACUGCACCGCGCUAAAAUAAUGCACCGAAUUUGUGCCAAUUUUCCUUUGGCAUUGCGGUCACACUUAAGGUGGGGUCACACAUGCCUAUUAUUUUUACAACGACCUGUGGAGCCUGGUGGAGGCAAAUACUCCCAUACGCGCCUCAUACGGACUCAAAUAUAUACGCAGGUGUGACCCCACCUUUACGUGAGACGCAUCAUGUUUGCGUAUGAAGCCCAGAUGAGCAGGUAGUUGGAAAUCGCAGUAUUGCCACCGGAUUCAAAACAAAUAUACAUGUACAGUGAUAAAAAAUGCAUCAAAAAGAGGUGAUAGACGGUUUUUCAAUUAUAAAGUAUAUAAAUUACGCCUACCUGGACCCAUUGGCGACGUAUUUGAAUUGCGAUUUUCUUAAUCCAAAAAUCGCAGUUACAGGCGACCAAUUGGCGCUUAUUUGCGCCAGUUUGCGGAUGGAUGUCACGAUUUGGCAAAGUCCCAUGAGACCGUUAAAGUCACAUGGUUUGAUAGGUGAUUCAGAACUAGGAGUACUCUCACAAAACCGCGCCCAAAUUGCUUUCAUCUAUUAUUUAAGACCCAACCAUCCCUUCUAGACCAAAAAGAUGAUAGUUCAGUUCCCUCCAUGAUCAAGGCCACCGUAGUUCGCUAAAAGGCUGAGGCACAAAAUGAAGCUGUUACUUUCCCUUCAAGGGCUGCUGGGCUUCUUCCUGUGCGGGACCGUGCUUGGCAGUGGAAAUAAUACUACACCGUCGGCAGGUAAAUGGCGCUAGCGCUAAGAACAUGUCUUCUUCACAUGCAUUCUUUGAGACAGUAAGCUAGUAUUCGUUCAGACCGACAGCGAGUUACAUUGCUGUUUCAGUAGCAGGGUAUAUUUCACAGAGAGGUGUCGCACCUCCUCAAACACAGGACCCCCAUUUUCGGGAGCAGGCCCAAGCAAGAUGCCCCUACCCUGGAUAGAACCGGUGUCUCCCAGUUUGAAUAUAAUUUAGCAAGUGUAACAGAACAAGGAGCUCCGCUGUAGGCUGCUACCGUACCAGUUGAGGUAUUGGGACAUUAAUUGGUACUAAUUACUAUCUGUAGCUAUAUACGGUAGGUUUUGGAACAACAGAGAUGCAGAGACAUGUAAUCAUCGGGUAAAUUUAUUGGCUAACUGAAAAUAUUUAGGUAGACUUAGCCUUAACAGGCUCACGUCAUAUUUCCAAACCGUGGCCCGGCCGGGCAGCUAUCGGGAACAAAAAGUAUGAUACAUAAGACACUAAACUGCACAAGACGUAAAGUAAAUGGUCGUGGGCACAGUCUCAGGCGACAAUCAUCUAAUUCCCCCCACGGCUGCUGUUUCUUCUAAGCCAUCAACCGAUACUAUUCCUCGUAAUACGUGUUGUGGGAAAAUGAAGAAAGCAAUUAUGUUACUCGUAAUUUGGCUCAUAAAUACGUCGCCUGCCGCCGACAGCAUUUUUCACAUUUCAAUGCAAAUGACAGAAAAUACUUCAUAUCGACUAAACAAAAGGACGCUAGAACUAUGACUUAAAAAGAAGCUAUGGAAGACCAUAAAGUAAAUUGUAGUUAUGAUACAUACACACACUUUGUGGGCAAUAAUCGUAAACCAUUAAUGCUUACAUCAUUUGCAACAUAAUGUCACCGAGGUUAAACUUAAUGGCGUAACCUAUUGUGGGUAGGUUGUUGUAACGUGUAUUUAUUGCAGGUUGGUUAAUGUAGCGUGUAGAUAAUAGCUGGUUGCCGAAUGUAGCGUGGCAGAAAGGGAGUGUCAUUUGAAGAGAGACAAAGCAGCCAGACAAGGUCCUUAUCAGUCAGAGAAUUGGAACAGACAUCUGCAGUGAUCUGUUCAAUGAUACCAGCAGAGUCACUGACCAACCUUGCAUGGCCAGCGAUGGCUGGGCCUCUUACUACAACUCCCCAUCGAUGUACCUCCUGGUCGACGAAGACAAAAGACACGCGGAAGCUGAGCAGAACUGUCUGUCCAAGGGAGGACAUCUUGCGAUGGCAAACGAUGAAGCAGAGUUUAACAUUCUCAUGCGGUUAGCGGACGAUGAGUUGGACAAAGAUGUGUGGAUCGGGAUUAGGAAAGUCGAGGUUGUGACUGAGGGUAGUGAUGGUGGUGGUGAGCAAGAGAGUAGCGAUAGGAGGAGGAGGAAGAGAGAGGGUACUACAUUUGAGUUUCGGUACUGUGAUGAUAAUACGGAGCCAUACCUAUCAUGGAAGGAUGGAGACCCGGGCGAUAGAAACUGCGUCAGAAUAAAGAAGGGUGACGGAUACGAGGACAGAGAUUGCACUAGCAAUGAGCGCUCUAUCUGCGAGUGUGUAGGGGAAAUACAGGAAGAGUCUAUCUGUUAUAAGCCUCCUACAACAACACCCCCGCCGACAACAACCCCACCCCCUCCCACAACAACAACCAUAUCGGCGCAAAACAUGGCUGCUGCCUUCGCCUCGGGCGGCAUUGGUGUCACGGACUCCGCUAGCUGGGGGGACUUCCUCAAGUGGAAGAAUGGCGAGUCCCUACCUCCUGGAUACGAUAAGAACGAGAGUCCUCGAAAAGACGGUAAAUGGUUUGACGUUGCAACAGGUGUCUACAUCAAACGAGUUGACUGGCUCUCAGAGGAGAAUGCGAAUCUCUCCAUGACGGUGGAGUACAAUCUAGCCUGGGUUGAUGACCGUCUGACCGGGGCGGUACCGUCAGGCUGGAUGCCGCUACCGGCAACCCUCCUCUGGUCUCCCGCCCUGAUGUUCGGGAACAAAGUCAGGAGAACUGAGGGGAUCACCAAGCCGAGGGUCCACCCGAGUACCGGUGCCGUGGAGGAGCUGGACGUGUCACUGAAGAUGUGGCUGCACAGCUCGGGUUUCAUUUUCUUUCAGAUGACAAAGGUACUGAAGGUGCGAUGUAAUGUGGAUUUACAUAGCUACCCAUUCGAUGACCAGGAGUGCCCUGUUCAACUACAUGCAUACAACGGAGUGCGGUUUACACUGGUAUCGUCAGCGCAGAGCAAAAUUGCACCCAUCUCAUCCGACGCCAGCAAUGUUGUCUCACAGUUCAGGUUGAUGGGGGCAACUGUUGAAUCCACCUACAGCACGUUCUUUGCCAAUGACAGCAACGAUGUUAUUUGCCCAUACUUCCGUGAGGCGUGUACCUAUGACGUAGAACACUGUAUGCUGUCGGCCUUCCUGAACUGUUCCACAUGUGGGGAUUGUGGUCACCACGUGGGCAACUGUAGUCAUCACACGGACAUCUGCGGAGACCCGGGUCCAACGGUUAACUCCUUCACAACCCUGACGAUCAAACUGUCCCUGUCCCGGCGGAUCUGGCUGUACGUGUUCAGGACGUUCGUGCCCACCCUCAUGGUCGUCGUGCUGUCCUGGAUGAGUCCGUGGAUGGGGUUUCAGACUGCCGCGGUGAUCGGGCGGGUCUCUCUCGGCGCCUCUGCCUUGCUAACAAUCGUGAUGGGAGCAGACUUGAAGCACCCAAUGGAGUUUAUUUCCUACACCCGUGCCAUAGACGUGUGGAUGGCCGGUUGCCUGAUGGCGGUGUUCUGUGGACUGUUGGAGACAGCCGUGGCCUACUACAUCCACUACACCGGCCUAGCAAAGGAGUCCUGGAAGAGGCAGCUUGUCCAGCCCAAAGUCAGCAUCCCGCGGGCCCGUUUCUGCCGUCCUUACUACCUGCUGCAGUACCUCCCUCCGCCGCCCCAGCGGACUGUCCGGUUCCGGCUGCCCGGCACCCAGACCGGCCCACCACCGCCUCUCCCACAACUGUUCUCACCGAGGCCUGCACGUCUGGCCAGGAAAAUAGACCGGGCGACAAGAAUUCUUAUUCCUGGUCUAUUCCUGGUAUUUUGUGUAGUAUUCUGGGUACACUACUUCCUGUAAUUCCUACCAUAAGGUCCCCUUUCGGCAAGACGGCGAUGGCAAAGCGAUCGUUCAGCGACCUAAAUUUGUGUGACCCUGAUUUCGUAAUUGGAAUGUGAUGCAGUGAUGCAAAAGUAUGGUUUAAGAGACAACGGAUAUAGAACUAAACACAAAAGCAUAAAAAUGUUCGUUCCUUAUCUAUGAAAUUCGUUUAGCAAGUUUUUGGUCACUCAGUGGUCACGGCGCGGUUGCAGUGUCUGUGGAUAAGGGGUGUAAGUUAACAGCCGUGGACGAUAGACGUGGAUCUGGACACGUGAUGGUAUAGUGUUUGUGUACAGAUACUUUUGUUUAUCAUAAAACAAUUAUAUAAAAUAACUUUGAGUAUACAAGAAAAUGUACUUUAAUAGAACCACACCUACGACCGAAAAUGUAUUGGUCAUAAAACGCAGCGCAGAGAAUAGACUAGAAGAGAGACAAAUACAUCAUGUACUGCGUGUUAAGAUAAUUGUUGUAACAUAUUCAAAACCUGUUUGUUAAUUGCAUGCAAAAUCAAUCUGGCCAUGAUACAGAUAUUUCGCAUAAUCGUAUGAGUUUCAAAUAUGCAUGCAAGGCGAAACGUAUACUUAAUAUAUUCAUAAAUGUCGGUUUAUACAAUUGUAAGUAAAGGUCACUCCUAGCUUUAGUACGAAUGUAUAUGAAAAGGGUACAGUCAAACCUGUCCUGAGCAACCACUCAAGGGACCGAGCAAAAAUGGUUGCUGAGGACAGGUGGUUGCUCCCGACAAGUUGGUUGGUUGGCGAACAAAAAUGAUAAAUGAUACGGUUUGCAUGAUAUACUAGUACACCUUUCAGUUAGUUCUCAGGAAACAUAUCUACAAGAGAUGCAAAGUUUUCAAUCCCCAUGCUGUUAUGUAAACAAAUUUCAAGAAACCAUUGUUUAACAAUCAGAGCUGAGUUUGUCUAACAAUCAAACAUGUUUAUUUUGUAGUUGUCUGUUUCCUUGAACAGCCCAAACAAGUGCUUUCAAUUUCUCUACCAGUAUGUCAAAAUUCUCACUGAUAAUCAUUUUGCACGGUGCACAUUGUCAAUAUGCUUGACUGAUAUUCCCUUACAAGAAGAAAAGAAGUCCAGGGUAACUGUGCCUAGUACAUAAUUCUUUAUAAUAAAAUGGCUGCUAGCUGCUGUCAAUCAAUUUUGGUUGGUUGGGGCAGGUUGAAUGCCCAUUUGGGACUGUAAAAAAGUGGUUGCCGGUUGGGGAAGACAGGUGGUUGCUUGCGAGGGG